GGCAGUACUUGGGUCGAGAUUUGUUUGGGUCUUCAAAACCCUUUUCCUUCACUCUGCUCUCGACUCUUUAUCUCGAUCCGAUCAACCUUCGUCGUCGCCGCCGUCCGCCUGAGAGCUGCGCUUGUGCCAGCGCUGGUCGUCUGAGCCGCUGCACGCCGCCGUUUGUCCAGCCUUCGCCACCUGUCCAAUUGCCCGCCGCCCCAAGCUCGUGCAUUCUUCGGCAGGAACAGCCAUUUUCUUCCGUGUUUCAACGCCGGAAGCUAUGGCUUGAGACUCAGCUUCAGGUGAUCGAGUAUAUAUAGGAGUGUCAAGGGCGUGCCCUUCGUCCACCCACAGUGGCGUGUUCCUCUUUUUCCAGUUAAUCACCGCAAAGGGCUUGGACAUCUUAUUGAACCAGAACCAUAAUUGCACAAUCCUUGAUCCAAAGACGAACUGUCGCAAGUCCAACACUUACCAAAUGGGUUUAGAUUUCUUCAGGGAUAACACAUUUCUUGUCCAUGUAGUAGCGAGCACCAGCUCCGUCUCAGUUGCCACAUCCUUAACUCAUCCCCUCGACAGCCUUAAAACUCUCCUCCAGAUUGCUGCAGGACCAAGCCAACAAUUUAGUCUUUCUCAGGUGGUUGACAGGGUUCAAAAAGUCUCGGGAUUAUCAGGUUUAUACAGUGGUCUUGGAUGGUCUAUAGUUGGCAAUUUAUUGGGCUUGGGAGGGCGUUUUGGAACAUAUGAGAUUUUAACUGCUUACUACAAAGAUGGAAGAAAGAGCAGCCAUGUCUACAUUCACGAGGCUCUUUUAGCAGGACUAACAGCAGGUGCUGUUGAAGCUGUUGUGUGCACUCCUUUUGAACUUCUUAAACAUAGGAGACAGGUCUACUCAGCUUCUUAUAUAAAAAGCUCUGGUUCUGCAGUGGUUAUGCCAAAAUCGUCAACCCUUGUUUCAAAACUACUACCAGGCUAUACCCCUAAUGUCAACUCAUGGAAUUAUACUAUUGGUCUCUUGUCCACUCUUCCUACCAAUAUCAAUACCACUCAUGGAGAUAUGCUUGGUGCACUUAAGCAAUGCCCAUGGUUGCUGACUGGCUCUGGGAGACCUCCACUUGCUUCUGAGGUUAGAGAACCAUCUAAAAUUGUAUCUCUGGAAGGAUGGAAUGCUUUAUGGAAAGGACUUAGACCUGCGAUAACUCAAAAAUGUGUUUAUGGUGGAUUUUUCUUUUCUACUUGGCAAUUCUUGUACUUAGCGAUGCUUGAUUGGAAUUCUCGUGAUAUGAACCCACCACCCAGGUCAAUUGAUGAAAUUGAUCCUGUAUCCCCACUUGCUUCAAGCCUUGCUGCUGGCUUUUCGGGAGCUUUAGCUGCUGCUGCUUCUCAUUCAUUUGACACUGCUAAAACUCGGUCCCAGAGUAUAGUCAUACCUAAGUAUAUUGCCAUGGAAAGAAAGCUCUUGAGAUGGGAAGCUCCAGGAAAUUGGCUAGAGAGAGUUGCCGGAAUGUCUCCUGCUGACAGGAACAUUAUGUUUCGCGGACUGUGGCCGCGAGUGCUCUGCUGUGGAAUUUCAUCCUUCGUUUUUGUCGGCAGCUAUCUAUUAACUGUCGAUUAUUUGUUAUGACCCUACAUGAAUAUGAUUGGAUCUUGACUUAAGAAACUGCUCUGCAUCAGGCAAAUCAGCUAGUUUGUACGUGGACAGGGAAACAAUACCAAUACCAAAUAAAGAUAUCUCAGAUGGUCAAUAGCUCAACCAUGAGCAAACGCAGCCAUUGUAUUUCAGAAAUUGCUAGUUUUUCUAAACAUUUAAUAAAUUUGCAUUUAUUAAUAUUUUUUUUGUAAUAUUUCCUUUUCUUGUUGGCAAUGACCAGACAUCUUUUGAGUAAGAACAAAUCCUUUUCAAGUAGCAA